CGGACUUCGGCGCAUCGCAUCAUAAAAGAUCAAAAUUCUAGGGUUUUAGAUAUUAGAAACCACGGACGCGCCAAGAAGAGGGGAGGGGCGGAGAAGUUCCCGAUUCGAACCUAGCAAGGGGGCAAAAAACCCUGGAGGCUUCCAGAAUCCCGAGUUAAAGCAUUGUAGCGAUCGAACUCCCAUGGCGAGAGCGAGCCCGCAUUUCUUCAAGGUUUACUUCCCCCAGCUCUCCUCCGACCACCUGAAAAUCCCGCCGGCAUUCCGCGAAUACAUCGAGCACGAGUUGCCGGGAACUGUUUCUUUGAAGGGGCCGAGUGGGGGCACAUGGAAUGUGGAGUUCGUAAAGACCUCGAAGGGGCUUUUGUUCGCGAAUGGGUGGAAGAAGUUCGUCGCCGACCACUCGAUAGAGCUCGGCGAUUUCUUGGUUUUCCGGUAUGAUGGCGGGUUGCACUUCUCGGUGCUGGUUUUUGAUGCGACUGCCUGCGAGAAGGAGGCGGCAUUUCUGGCUAGGCCAUAUGGAGGAGCGCACAUCACCAUUGUCGAUGGAAUCGAGGGCGGCGAGGAAGGGGAGGAUACUAUGGGAGAGCAUGAUUCAAAAGCUUUGGUUUUAUCACCAAAUGAGAGUUUCGGAGUUAGUCGCAAGAGGACUCUGUGGAAUAUUGAUUGUCUUGCGAUACAGGGCCCGCCCUCGAAGAAGGUAAACAAGAAGAAGGAUUCUCCUUCCCAUGAAAUCGCUGCAAUAUCUCAAGCUGAUUUGGAUAGUUGGAAUUUGAGAAAAUCGAAGAGUAAGGCACCUGAUCGUAUAAGUCCAUCUUCUGGAGCUUUGGCCGCGCCUCAUGAGAAAGUUCAUGCAAAUACCACGAGAGAGAAGGCCUUGCAUGAGAUGAAAACCGUCUCAAGCGAAUAUACUAUAGCUGUGAAGAAGGCUAAGGCAAAACUUCAGCGUGGGCGCUCAGCUAAAACUAGUCCCCUUUCUGCAACAUCGACAGCAAAAUCCUUAAGUAAGAAAAUAGGCAGACCCAGUAAAAUGAGUGCCUUGAAACAAUCUAGUCAGGUGUCAGAACGCUUAAAAUUGCUCCCAUGUAAUGAUGUAACUCGGCGUGGGGAAGUUGUGGCAAAGGUACAGCGAAUGCCAAGUCUAAUAUCACAACGGCGGCCUGUCACAAAAGAGGAAGUAAAUGAGGCUCUUGAACAGGGAAAAUCAUUCAAAUCAAAAAAUCCUUUUGUUCAUGUGGUUAUGCGGGACUCCUAUGUUUAUGUUAGCUUUUUCUUGAACAUUCCUUAUCCUUUUGUAAGAGAGCAUCUUCCCAAGAUCAGUAAAAAGAUGACCCUUUGGGAUCCAAACGGGAAGCCAUGGGCAGUCAACUACGUAAGCUAUAGCAGUCGUGGUGGUUUCAGUGCUGGUUGGGGUGGGUUCUCUUACGCCAAUAAUCUGGAGAAAUAUGAUGUUUGUGUCUUUGAGCUUAUCAAAAGAGAUCAUAUGAAGGUGCAUAUCUUCAGGGUGGUCAAGGAAAUUGCACCAUUGAUUCGUAACACCAAGUGCAAAAGUUAAACUUCAUAAAAAGUGUCCCAGUUCAUAAGGCUUUUGCCACUACGGAUUUAGGGAGGCUCAAAUGUACGUAGCCUUAACCCCGCAUGCAGGGAGGCUGUUUCUAUAUUUCAAAUUACACCUAGAUCACAAUUUGCAAAAGUUUAACUUUGAUUGUAUUUUUCUAGUUAGUAAGCAAACUUGUACAGCUUCAAUGUUUCUACCUAUUGAACUAAAAUAUCUUGUGGCUUCAGCGGUAUGUUCGUCUCAUGUGUUACUUGUCUUUUUAUUUUUCUUACGUAAAUUUGAAAAUGCUCCUCUUAA